AUGCAAGUGGUUUCUAUGAAGUAUCUAAAAGGAGUGGGGCGGCGGUGUCGAUGUGGCGCGCGUAACUCGCGUGGUUUUCGCGUAUGCUCACAUGGGUUUCGCGUACGCCCACGAGAAACGCACAUGGCGUCCACGUUCGCUGCAUGGCCCGCUGAUCGUCCGCUCUCUCGGUCGUCCGUUAGGGCGCUAAAGCGAUCUCAGAUCUGGUGCCACAGCCUUGACGAUCGCGCGAUCUGGGCUAUCCGAUUACUGCAGCUGCAUGACUUGCUUUCUCCCCUCAUCCCCAACUCUGUCUGUACCUGCAUAGUGUCUGCCAUGAAUCAGGACCAAAAUCAAACCUUCUCUCAUGCUCCUGAGCCACAGAGACUCAAUGAGAGAGAGAAUCACAAUUCCCACAUGCCUGAGCAGCAGAGAGAGAACCUAUGGCUAACAAUGCACAGAAAUUCACAUAUUCCUGAGCAACAGAGAGAUGAUCAAAACCCUCAGAGAGAUAAUCAAUAUUCUCCUCACACUCCUGAGCAACAGAGACUCCAUGAGAGAGAGGAGGAGCGUAGGGGUCGUCAAAUGACUUCCCCCAGUGAGCGCCGUGAGAGGCAGAGAGUAAAUCUCUCAGUUGGAAAGCCUGAAUUUGCUGUGGAUCCUCAACCUGGACCACAAGGGCCUGAGCUUGCCCAUGCACAUGAGCCCCAACUGGGCCAUGCUAUCCAGCUCAGAGAGGAUAUGCCUUUAAGAGACAAUCAAGGCUAUCCAUACCCUGCUGGGAUAUAUAAUGCUGGACAACCUGGGAUGUACAAUACUGGGUAUAACCCUGGGAUGUACAAUGCAGGCUAUAUGCCUCAGAAUCUACCACUUGGGUACCAAGCUCCUAUGAAUUAUAAUCCUGUACAUGCAGGUCCUUCACACCAUGAGUAUAUGCAAGCAAAUAUGGCUGGGCCCUCAAAUUAUGGCCAUGCACAGGGCAAUGUAGCAGGUCCCUCUAACUUGAACAUGGGUGUGGCAUAUGGUCAGAGAUUGCCUCCUAGGAGAAAUUACCUGCAAGAGGCUGAGUCAAAUACAAACAGAAGCCAUGCCCAAAGAGUGGCUGAUAGACAGAAUACAAGGCAAUCUGCCAGGGAAGCAUCUGUACACAGAGAACCCCAUGUGGGAUUGGCCAGUCAUAGACAGCUACAGGAAGCUGCAGCUCAUGAAGAGCUACAGAGACAAAGACAGUCUGAGAGACAAGCCCAGUAUGAACAACAGGUUUUUGCCCAUCAUGAGCUUGAGAGACAAAGAGAGCUUGAGAGACAAAAUGCCUACCAACAGGAGGUUGCUGCUCAUCAUGAGCAAGAGAGGUUGAGACAGCUUGAGAGACAAGCUCAGUAUGAACAACAGGCUGCUGCCUAUGCUGAACAACAGAGACUGAGACAGGUUGAAAUGCAGGCUCAGUCUCAACACAACUUCAGAGCUCAUGAUGAGCUUCAGUUGCAGAGACAAAUUGAGCAUGAGGAAGGUGAAUUGGAAUAUGCUGAACAGCAGCAGCAUGAAGCCCAUGGCUAUCAACAACAAGUAGAUCAUUACGAUCCCUGA